UGAAUGAAUCUGCAAAGUUUUAUGUGAUUGCAGUUGAGAACCAGAAUUCAGACAGUUUGUGAUCUAGAAUCCAGCAACCUGAGACAGGUUUGAUCUCGAGAGGACAAGCAAUAUGUCUUGGCUUAUUCUUAAAAUCUUCCCAUGCAUCCGUCGUUUCCUAAAAUCUUUCCUUAGAAAACUAUUUCUGGGGUCUCGUUCUAGUAGUAGCCCUUCUGCUGGGAACAAUGAUUUAGUAUACGAACCACCUCCGGAGUCACAUCCAAGUGCUUCUUCAUCUUAUCCAAUCGAAGUUGUAGUAGAUUCAGUGACUGUCAAACCACAUGUUCAGAGUUCAUCCCAAAGGACUGACCAAAUUUCUCAGAAUUCAAAAGAAUCAGGUCCAUUGCUACCUAUAUUCUCUUCUAAACAACCCACAUUGUCUUGUACACCAUUUAAAUCUCCAUCCAAACCAUCUCCAUCUUCCUCAAACAUACCCGAAUCUUCAUUGAUAAGCAGCUCAGUGACGGUCAAGCCACAACAUGUUCAGAGUUCUUCCCAAAGCGUAACUAAUGAAGUUUCUCACAGUUCUAGAGUUUCAAAUCCAGGCCCACCUACAAUUUCUUCUAGACCACUUCAAUCUCCAUCUAAACCAUCUCCAUCUUCCUCUAACAUACCCCAAUCUUCAUUGACAAGCAGCUCAAUGACAGUCAAGCCACAACAUGUUCAGAGUUCUUUCCAAAGCAUAACUAAUGAAGUUUCCCACAGUUCUAAAGUUUCAAGUCCCGUCCCACCUACAAUUUCUUCUACACCACUUCAAUCUCCAUCUAAACCAUCUGCAUCAUCCAAUAACCUUUGGCUUUACCAUCUAUCUCAAUUGCCACCUACAUUUUCUUCCAACAGUUCAAAUCCAUUGCCACCUACAUUUUCCUCUAGACAACCUGCAGAUUCCUCAAACCUAUCCCAAUCUUCAUCAAAACCACCUCCCUUGUCUUCUAGUCCAUCUCCAUCAUCCCUCAAAACUCCAGUUGAUUCUUCCAUAUCAUAUGCAUAUUUCCCCAAGACCACUGGACCCCCAUCAGCUUCUUCUUCUCCAACUUCCUAUAAACCACCUCAAUCUUCACCUUCAGCGGUCCCAUAUUCAUCCAAGCCACCUCCUUCUUCCUCUGGGCCACCUCUGUAUUCCACUAAGCAAUCACCAGUUUUUAAGCUAAUUCUGCAAACAGCUCCCAAUAAUGUAACAAAUGAAGAAAGCAAGACAACUUAUGUGUGUGAAAAGGGUGCACCCAUAUAUGCUAUUCCUGAGGAUAUCAAAGAUCUAAUCAAGGAAGACAUUGCACCUCCAGUUCUGAAGCAGUCUUUAUCUCCUUCAACUUAUAAGGCUUAUUUUGCUGCUCUGUUAUAUGCUGAGGAUUACUACUGGGAGAAAUGGAGUGACUUCCUAUUGGAGAAAGUGACAUUGAAGCCAGACAAAGCAGUACUUUUAAAAUCAAAAAAGUCAAAAUACUCUAAUGGAAGUGGUGAGGAGGAUGAUAAAAUCUUUGUAGCAUUUGAGAUUGAUUCUGUUCCUGAGAAGCGGCCAUUCCUUUUAUCAAGGGACAUGGUUUAUGCACGACCUUCGGAUGAAACGGUUGAGCCAUUUCAGGGUUUUAUCCAUCGUGUGGUGAAAAGCAGGCGUGUAUUAGUUGAAUUUGGAGAUGAUUUUCAUUCACAGCAUCAUCCAAAUCGCAAAUAUGACAUCAGCUUCUCAUUCAACAGAGUUAGUCUAAAAAGGGCUCAUCAAGCAAUUGAAGCUGCAUUAGGUCCUUCAUCACACAACUUCCUUUUUCCUGAAUGCGUCCCUCGGAAGAAUAUUCUUAACCCACCAGCUCUGCUUGAUACCUAUGAUGAACUUAAUACAGAUGAAUUCAAUGCAGUGCGUCGGAUCCUAAGCUUUCAGGGCUCACCACCUUAUCUUCUUGCGGGCCCGCUCAUUGGCACUAACGCGCCAAGGUAUGUACCUGAACAAAAAGUGUCAGCAAGAACAGAAGUGGUUGUUUGUGAGGCAGUAAUUGAAAUAUAUAAAACCUCUAAAGAGAACAGGAUUCUUAUAUGUGCACCUAUAAACCGCACAUGUGAUAUGCUAAUGAGAAGUUUGAGGGAGGUGAUUCCAGAGUCAGAUAUGUUUCGAGCCAAUGCUGCAUUUCGAGAGAUAGAUGGGGUACCCAUUGACAUUCUGCGCUCAUGUCCUGUAAAAGAUGAGUGUUUUGCAUGUCCUCCACUCCAAAAACUUCAGAAAUUCAAGAUAAUUCUGUCAACUUUUGUGAGUAGCUUUCGACUGCACAAUCAAGGUAUAGCUGCCGGACAUUUUAGUCAUAUUUUUCUAGUGGAUGCCUCAUCAACCACAGAGCCGGAAGCAACAAUAGCUUUGGCCAAUUUUGCUAAUGAGAAUACAUCUGUUAUUGUUACUGGUGAACCUGGAAACCGUUCAGGUUGGGUCCGCUCUAACAUGGCAAGGAAAUACGGAUUGAGGAAGUCAUAUUUUGAAAGACUUUGUGAAGUCGGGCCAUAUCAAAUCCUCAAUCCAAUGUUCAUCACAGAGCUGGUUGGCUUUGAGCAAUGGUCAAAGGGCAUCUAUGAAUACUAAAUAGCUCUGAGUCAUUCUAUUGAAUUUCAGGUUUUCAACUGUUCUUUCGUGUACAGCAAUAUGCAGUAUGCACUUGUAUAAAUGUUGCCACCUUAUUAUCUACCUGUGUGUGUGUGUGUUUUUCUUGCUUUGUCAUCUGAGUUUUGUGUGUGUGUGUAUGUUUGCAAAGACCUUCUAUGUAAAAAUUUAGUUUUAUUUCCUUCUCUCUUUCUAUCUAUUGUAAAUGACAUGUUUAGUUUUAUCUCUUGAUUCCAGGGACUAAUACUUUCCUUACUAUCUAUACUUCA